CGCCGCGCGACGACCGCGAUGGCGUCUCUCCGCGCCGCGCCGCCGCCGACGACGACGACGACGUCGUCGUCGUCGUCGUCGCGUCGCCCGCGCGUCGCAUCGCGCCGCGCGACGCCGCCUCCUCUCCCCGCGCGUCGCGCCUCGUCUCACGUCGCGCGCGCGGAGUACUCCUACGACGUCGGCUCGUACGACCCAGAGAUGGACGGGUUCGUCCCGCCCGAGGUGUCGCUCUCCACGCUCGCCGUGGGCGCGAAGAUCGGCGAAGGGUCGUUCGGGGUGGUCUACCGCGGCGUCGUCACGGAGGAGGACGCCUCGCCGCGAGACGUCGUCGUGAAGGAGUACAAGAAGAGCGUGCGAGGGAGGGACUGGUACUCGUUCUACUGCGACGAGCGCGACAUCUGCCGGCGUCUCGUCGGAUGCGCCGGCGUCGCGCCGUUCGCGGGCGUCGCGGGCUCGGACGCGUACCUCGUCUGGGAGCACGUCGGCGACGAGACGUUGGGGAGCGUUCUCGACGCGGGGCGCGGCGUGAAGGGCGUCAGGGAGGCGAUCGGCGACGGGAGAGGAGGCCGCGGCGGGCGCGACGACGCCGAGACCUUUCGCGCGAUCGCCGCGGGGCUGUGCGAAGCCGCGAUCGCGAUGCACGAACGCGGGGUCGUGCACCGCGACGUGAAGCCGGAUAACGUCCUGCUGACGUCGGUUAUCACCUCCGCGAACGUGAGCGACGACGACGCCGUGCUCGCGCUGUGCGACCUCGGCGGCGCCGCGGACUUCGAGACGGGACAAGGGUGCGACGGCCGCGAAGCGAUAUUCGACCCGGUGUACGGUGCGCCGGAGCAGUUCG